ACUGUGUGUGUGUGUGUGAAAGUGUGUGAGUGAGUGCGUGUGCGCGCACCUCCCCGACCUGUCCGUCCGUGCUAUUUCCCACCACCAUCCCGCCUCGUUUUUUCGGCCAUGACGCUGGAAGCGAUCCGCUACCGGGCCGGGUCUCUGCAGGUCCUCAACCAGCUGCUGCUGCCACACCAGACCGCUUACGAUGAGAUCCGCUCCGUGCAGGACGCCUACGAGGCCAUCAAGUCCAUGAAGGUGCGUGGCGCCCCAGCCAUCGCCAUUGUCGGCUGCCUCAGUCUGGCCGUGGAGCUGCGAGCAGGCACCGGGGGUGAUGACCCUGUGACCUUCAUCAGGGAGUCUCUGUGUCACCUGACCUCAGCCAGGCCCACUGCUGUCAACAUGGGCCGCGCAGCUCGUGAACUUAUGGAGUAUGCGGAGAACGAGAGCAUGGAGAAGAACUCUGAGCAGCUUAGAGAAAGUGUGAUCGCCUGGAUCGAAAACAUGCUGGCGCGUGACGUCAAUGACAACAAGAAGAUUGGUAACUAUGGCGCCCAGCACAUCCUGUCUGGCGUACCGAGGGACUCUGUGACCAUCCUCACGCAUUGCAACACAGGCUCGCUGGCCACAGCUGGAUACGGGACCGCACUGGGCGUGGUGCGAAGCCUCCACGCGCUGGGCAGGCUGAAGCGUGUGUACUGCACAGAGACAAGGCCGUACAACCAGGGAUCCAGACUGACGGCUUAUGAGGCGGUAGCAGAGGGAAUUCCUGCAACACUUAUUACAGACAGCAUGGCAGCCCUUACCAUGAGAGAAAUGGACAUCACAGCUGUGGUGGUGGGUGCAGACAGGGUGGUUGCCAAUGGUGAUACAGCCAAUAAAGUGGGCACGUACCAGCUGGCUAUCGCUGCAAAGCACCAUGGGAUUCCCUUCUAUGUGGCUGCGCCCAGCACUUCAUGCGACUUGAGCCUUGAGAGCGGCAGGGACAUUGUCAUUGAAGUACGCCCCCCUGAGGAGCUCACCAGUAUAAAUGGAGUCCCCAUCGCUGCCCCAGGUAUCGAGGUGUGGAACCCAGCGUUUGACGUGACUCCUCACCAGCUCAUCACAGGAGGCAUCAUCACAGAACUGGGAGUCUUCCUCCCCUCCGAGCUCCAGGCCGCGCUCACCGGCCGCCUCACUGCCCUCUAGAGCCGCUCAGCCCCUCCUGCUGGUCCGUGUGCACCGCCGCACCUUAAGGCCCCGCACUCAAAGACACUCUCAUUUCACCACAGAACACAUACACAUUAGUGGUUGUCAUUUCAUUUACUUUUCAUAAAGGCAUGGUCACUGUUACAUGUCGGUGGUGCACACAGAAGAAAAAAAAUGUUCUUCGUUUUACUCACAAACACAAACUCAAUACAAGAGGCCCAAGCAGACUCACAUGCCGUCUCCCUUUCUUUUUAUUUCCUUCUGUUUUCUGUGGUCUCUACAUUUCACUUUUCCUCAUGGUUUCUAACCCCUCUUUCAUUCUCUUUUUCUCUUUUGCCACCUCUGUCGCUUCCUUAAUGGCUUCUGUGAUGACAACUAGUGCUCAUCUGGCCUCGAUUCCUUAAAUUCUAUUUGGCAAACCUGUUUUUAUGAGUCCUUACUGAGCUCAUUUUUCAGAGCUUCCUCAGCUACAAGCAAACUAAAAACCCUCCACAAAGUCUAAAUGGCAUAACAGAUUUUUUUUUUCUCAGUAGUGAUUUUGGUUUUUAAAAUGCUGCUACCCACUUGUAAAUAUACAUAUUGUUGCUGGUAGUGUGUGUACAUAUGUAGAAAACUAACCCCUGCUAGUAAAAGGUACUGCUCUUUUAACCAAAUACGUGGUUAUUCACAAUUUUAUUUGACGCAAAAAUGUUAUAUUAACAUUUAAUUUCUUUUGUUUUGGUUAGAAAUCUUUUUUAGAGGAAUAAUCCAAAUUUAUAGUUCAUAGAGUUUCACACCCAGGAAUUCUUAGUGAUAAUAAAAAUUAUAUUUCACUCACGUUUUCCACUGUGCGGCAACAUUUCGAACAAGUGGAAUUUCUCUCAUCAGUCACCUGAAGCCUAUGACAAGAUGUGGCUGUAUUUAUACCUCACUCCUUGUUUGAUUCUUGCUAUUUGUACCAUAUCAUUCUACAUUUGUAUUAUCAUAAUGUACUUAUAUAUAUAAAAUAUACACUACUCAAAAAAUUAAGGGAACACUAACUCACACAUCGGAUCUUGAUGAACAAAUUAUUCAAGUUGAAGAGAACGGCGCACCAGUGGCAAACCAGCCAAUUCUGGUGUUCUCUGGUAAAUGCCAGUCGAGCUGCACGGUGCUGGGCUGUGAGCACAGGUCGUACUAGAGGACGUGGAGCCCUCAUGCCACCCUCAUGGAAUUUGUUUCUGACAGCUUGGUCAGAGACCUGCACACCAGUAGCCUGCUGGAGAUCAUUGUGUAGGGCGCUUGCAGCGCUCCUCCUGUUCCUCCUUGCACAAAGGAGAAAAUACAGGUCCUCCUGCUCGGUCAUUGCCCUUCAACCGCCCUGUCCAGCUCUCCUGGUAUCUCCUCCACGCUCUUGAGACUGUGCUGGGAGACACCACAAACCUGCUUGCCACUGCAUGUAUGUAUGUGCCAUCUUGGAGUAGCUGGACUACCUGUGCAGCCUGAUUGUGCUGCAGGUACUGCAGCGAUGAUCAAGUGUACCCUUAAUUUUUUUGACCAGUGUUUAUAUGUAACGAUACAUAUUUGAGCACCAUACUGAUAUUCACUAUACUAUACAGGACUUGGUAAGAAUGAAGAAUCUAAAAAAGCAUUGGUGUCACUUUCACCAUAACAGAUUUGCUGUGAGCUGAGACUCUUCUAAUGCUGUUGUAUUUCUGUAAUACAGGCAUCACUAUUAAAAGAAUAGUUCACCCCAAAAAGAGGGUUUGAUGAUCUGCUCACUAAUGUUUGUCUAACACUGUUAAUGUUAAAAUACCUGUAUAGCUUGCUACUAUGAGCCAGGUUAAUCUAAAUUAGUUUAAAUGUUUUACAUCUUAGAAAAAAUAAACCAAUAAUCUUAAUAUCUCAAUUAUAUUACUUAAAACACUCGUUGCCACCGAAGGCUGUGUUGGACUGGUGCUACAGAACAGUACAAGACGUUUAAAAUGCUGUACUUUAAAGCUACACUAAACCACAUUUUUAAUUGACAAUACAAGAAAUUAUAUGUUUUGACCAUUGACAAAAGGGGCGAUCGGUUCAGGGUGGUUUCGUUUCUGGGAGCUGUCAGCCUGUCCAUCAUAUACAGUCAAUGGCUGUGACAGGUUUUGCUCAUAGCGACGACCCCACAGAGAAUUUUCUCCUGACUAUAUAACUCCCCCCACCCAUCUAUACUGAGGGUUUUAGCGUUUUUCAGUUUGUUGUUUUGGUUUUACAAUGUUACAGUUUUGGUUCGUUCUCACCGCUCUCAUCCCCAAACAGCAGUCAGUGAUUAGCUGGGGAACAUAGUGGAGCGUUGAGCAGCUAAAGAGCCAGAUGUUUCCCUCAGGAGUGGGAGAAUAAACAAGAGCUAAAACUUCUACAUCCUGGACUUAUAUUUGUCAGCUGGACACAAACAUGGCUCCAAAUCAAUGAUGGUGUUGCUCUGUGUCAGCAGGAUGUGUAAAUAGCCAACUGUUUGCUAACAGGUGUCAUAAUGUUGUGUGUAGAGUUGGUCUCCAAAUUACCAAAAAAAAAGGAAUGCAGGUUUAAAGGGCAUCAUUAGAAACUUUAGAGGUGAGCAGGAGAAGACUUGAUAUCUUCAUUGUGGGCUGAACUAUUCCUUUAAGAUUGGUGGGGUGUUUUCCACAGUGCAGUUUGCAGUGUGACACCUAGCGUGAUGCCACCAGCAGUCAGAAUGUAAUAUUCAGCUCAGAUAAAUGUGUUGUAGUUGGCAGCUGUGAUCAGAGUGGACAACGGGCACUCAGUCACUUCUUGCCUUUGUGCUCGGUUCAUAAUGUGUUUUAGAUGUUUGGAUGAUAAUCCGUCCUCAUACCUGAGAUGCUGUUUUACUUCAGAUUAACCUCUGGUCCAUCCCUCCUCCAAGUCACCAGACAGUUGAAGAGAGGUAGACACUAACAACUACACUAAGGGUUUUCUCCACAGUUCUGGCCCUGUGAGCCAUGUCCUGACUUGAUCCUGAGAGAACAGGAUUUAUAAAGAGGAAUUUCCAAGUCGCAGAAAUGCAAAUAGUCACUCUUCCUGUUUUAUAGUAACUAUUAUUAUUUGUAGUCACGCCCUCAUCAGCACCCAGUUUUAAAACCCGAUACCGACCUUAUGUGUACCCAUGACCCUGUUACGUUCUGUUACAGUGUCCCAUGUCAUACAUCGAUUUUGUGCGUGACAGAUGUGGACUUGAGUUCCUGCAGUUAUGUCACCUGGCAAGCGCUCCUGCAGUGCAUUUGUUAUUUUAGAAAGGUCCAAGGUAUCUUCAUGGGUAUGGGACACACCACCCUGGUGUGCUGAAUGUCACAGGGCCUACACUGCUCACUAUCCUGCAGGUGCAGCAACAAUGUGGCUCGCUAAUGUGAGAGCAGCAUCUCACUCUGUCCUACAGCCUGGUUUAUAUCAUGUGACCACACCAUUACCUCGUCAAGCUCUAAGAAAAUCUCAGUGAAUGUAUUUACAUACACACUAGUAUCCUGGUUAUUGGAUUUUGAAAGUAUCUUAAUACUGUAACAUGUAAAUACACGUUAUUUAGGUUUCUGAUCAUUGUUUACCAUGUGUGCAAGUGUGUCAAAUGAAGUUACAAAGUAGUCAGUCAAACAAAAACUAUGAUGAUUGGCGCUCUUGUCAUCUAUUACCAGUGAUCCGGCCAUGUAAUGCAGCAGUCACUGUUCAUACUGCCUCCGUUCUAACAUCACACACUUCACUUUAUCAUUCAGAUGACAAAUAAACAAUCCCACCUCUAUAUGGGGUCACGGAGGCCCUGAUUAAACCCUACACAAAACCUUAGCUGCAGUAUUCAUAAUAAUAUUGUCCAUAUCUUUAAAAUGCUGUGAUAUAAGCUCUCCCUCCCUUCACUUUCAUCUUUCUCCUUAUUCUUCUGUUUCUCUUUUGUCCACCCAUAAACCCUCAACUCACAAAGAUGGUGUUAGAUCAUACAUGAGCAUAAAAGACCCUUGUGGAUUUGAAUGUUUCAUUUCCUCUGUUUUCUACUGUCUAAGACAUCAUGUGUUUGGGGGCAGUUUUAGACAAUGUUCCAGACAUAUGUAGCAAUUUUGUGGCCGUCAGACAUGCCACAUAAUAUUUCUUUAUAAAUCUUUAAGAGGUAUGAGAUUUUUGUUUGUCUGUGCUUCAUGAUUAUAAGUAUUUGGCUGUGGUUUGUUGUUUUCUUUCAUGACAUUGUGAUUCCUUGUGACUAGGCCAUUAGUACACCACACUGGGGAGGCCUCCUCAACCAUACACACUACCUCUCCGUCUGCCUACACAGACCUAAACACUGAAAUGCAUGAACACAAGCAGUUAAUAUGCCAGGUUGCAGCAGAGCAGAGUGACAGAUUGCAGAACAAAAAAUUGGCCUAAAAUUCUCCACAUCUCACCAGUGUUUAUAUCUGGAACGCCAAGUGACAAAUAAUUUGUGACAGUGUGUUUAUUUUGCCAAAGUAGCCUAGAUUUUGGCUAGUGUGUUAUGCUGGGUUGCAGUUUAUGCAUUAUGCUAUGUUUUUACAUGUUUUGAAGCAGCAGCAAUAUAGUACUGUAUUUAAAAGAAUGUUCCACCAACCUUCCCUAGAAAAGCCUAACACAUACAGGUGCCAAAAUUCAGCGCUGCUUGCCACGUACUUUCCAUGCUGAUUUGAUCAAUCAAAGCAGGUACUUGUGUCUUAUCAAAUGAUUAGUGUGGCCUGCAGUUACCAUGGAAGGAGUGUUGUUCAAAUGGCCUCUAAGUACAAGUAUUUUGUUGUUGUUGUUGAUAAUCACUUGAUCUGGAUUUAAUUUUGUAAUGUGGAGGCGGUUCAAAACUGGAUUUUUUAAAAUAUAUAUGUAUAUGAAUAUAAUGCUGUAAAGUGCAGUCAUGGAUUAAGAGAUUUCUCUUUCACAUCAAUACAGUAAAAAGAAUAAAGUCACAGUGAAAUGG